GGUAUACACUGCAGCCAGUUCGAACCACGCUUCUUUGGGGUCAUUAGACGCUGGUGGCUCCCUAGCGGGCCCCUUAGGCGCCCCCAUGGACAGCGGCGUGCAGUUUACCUGCGUCGCCAUUGAUGCGGGGGGCGAGCUGUUGGUUGCGGGGAGUCAGGGCAGCUGUUUUUCUGCUUUUGUUUGGAGUGUACGGACAGCGAAGCUGCUGGAAGAACUCACGGGGCACGAAGCCCCCGUUGUCUCUGUGGCAUUUCACCCUCAUCCCGACAGACAGGGGCUGCUAGCUACAGGCAGUUGGGACAAAAGCGUUAAAGUGUGGGACAUUCUGGGCCGGCGAAGUCGAGGAGGGGCGCCAGAGACGCUGCUGCAGAGCGGAGGGGUGCAGUGCCUGGCCUUUGAGCCUCAGGGCAGGGCGUGUUCUUCGUGUUCUUACCCGCCGCACGUUCUCUCUUCUCCGGCGUCUGUCUCUGCAUGCAGAGGUCUCCACUGUCCCAAAGUUUUCCUAUACGACAUCGAGGCUGGCACCCUGACAGCUGCCUUCCUUUUGACUUCCAACUGUCUCCUCGAAGGCAUUUUCCGCGAACUUAACUCGAAAUACAUUGCAGACGAUGGCACCCCUAUCCAGGAAUACGACUUGUCAGACGAAGAAGACAAUUUUAAUGAAGGGGAGAGAGAAAGGAAGAGAAUUCGCAGUCACCGAAGUCUGCCAGGUGUCAUGAUGGGGGACUUAGCUGCGAAGAACGACAGAGUCUUCUUAGUGCAUGCUGUCGCGUUCUCGGGAGACAGCCGUUCCUUCGCGGUCGCCACAUCUCACGGGCUCUACAUAUACAGCAUAGAUCUGCAGGGGGGCCUUAUUGGGAACUACGGCAUCACGGAGUUAGGCUCAACGCUGCCGUUCUUAACGCGAAAUGUGACGAUGAGCAACAUAUCCAAGGCGCUGGCAAAAGAGGAGUUCGCCAAGGCAUUCCUCUUUGCUCUGGUGGCCAACAACCUGCCGACCCUGUUGUGCGUUUACGAAAAGAUUCCGGCUUCUUCAGUCCCCCUCGUCUGCAGCAGUUUGUCUCCUGCUCUGUUACCUUCCCUCCUCCUCUUCUUGCAGACAGUUUUGUCUCCAGAUGUUCAAGUUGGCACCCGGCACCUGCAGUUUCACCUUCUCUGGCUGAGCUGCCUUCUCAAACUCCGCAUGCACGUGUUCCAGGGCGAACUCGGAAGGCUGUGGGCGGAGACAAACGCUGAUAAAAGUGGCAGCGCAGACCAUAGCAGAGCGGAGUCCUUCACCCGCCUUUCCCGCAUUUCUGUGGAUCUGAGGACCCUCUUUUUGCUCCUUUUGCGGCAGCUGCAGCAGCAGCACGCCAACUUGCAUGCGACCUUCGCCUCGAAUUUGGGCACUCUUUCUUUCCUCACUGCAGCAAUGCGCAACAGACGAAAGCCGCUCACCGACAGUACUGCUUGCAGCGCCCUGGAACGAUGCCUCACGACCACAGCUUUGCUGAGGGCCCGCACGGGGCCCCCAACUUGGGCUUUGAAUGGGGCCCCCAAGGGGGAUCCCAGAGAAUCUCACUUGCAAGCCUUCACAAACGACCACCGUCUUCACAAGGGGGCCACCGGCGGCUCCCCUGGCAACAGGGCUUUGCAGGGUCGGGGCGAAGGAGGGAGAGACAAAGGAGACAGAUUCAUUCUAAGGAUCGAUGAUACAGACGCAAGCCGCAGCCAACGGCAGAUGGAAGCGGCUCUCAUUGAAGACCUCCAGUGGUUAGGCAUCAAAUGGGAGGAGGGCCCAGAUGUGGGUGGCUCCAGGGGUCCUUAUAGGCAGUCCGAGAGGCUAGAAAUAUAUCAACAGCAGGGACGACGGCUUCUGGAUAAAGGACUGCUGUACAAAUGCUUCUGCAGCAGAGAGAGACUGUUGCAGCUGCGUCGGGAGUGUACGCAGCAUGGCCUGCCCCCCCGAUAUGAUGGAAAGUGUCGUUCGCUGGAUCCGCAGCAGGCAGAAUUGUUUGCUGCAGCGGGGAGGCCCUUUACCCUCAGAUUCAAGACACCGGCGGAGCCUGAGGCGGUUUGUUUUACGGACCUCGUGAGGGGUUUCGUGCGGCUCUCAGUGCAGCAGACUGCAGGGGAUUUUGUUUGCUUCAGAGAUGCAGCAGGUGCUCCAUCUUUGGGGGUCGCCGGUGCUGCAGGUUCUCGUGAGGAGGCUGUGGAAGGCCCCAGUGCCACCAAAGAAGGAGCUGUGUGGGGAAUACCCGUAUACAACUUCUGCGCUGCCGUCGAUGACUGGCUAAUGGGAGUGACUGCCGUCGUCCGGGGAGAAGAACACAUCCCAAACACCGUGGCGCAGAUACUGGUUGCUCGGGCCUUGGGUGCCCCUGUGCCUCUCUUCUGCCAUCUGCCAGUCAUUGUCGCGAAAGAGGGAGGCAAAAUCAGCAAGCGCAGACAGCAGCAGCCUGCCAUCAGCAGCACCAAUAGCAGCAACAGGAGCAGCAGUAGCAGCAGCAGUGACUACACGAUUCGAGGCAUGCGGCUGCGCGGGUACCAUCCAGAGGCCGUCGUGGACUUUUUAAGGGGCCACCACACCAACGAUGGGGGGAAGCAGAGCGACAGGCCGUCUUGGCUGAGCGCGGUGGGCAAAAGCGCCUUUUGUUUCGAUGACGUUCAUCUGAAGUUUGCACACAAGCAAAAGAUACGGCAGCUGGCAGCCAGCCCCAAUGCCGAGCCGCUGGUGCAUUUCUUCUUACAAAUUAUCGCAAUGGCCUCAGAUGGCUGUCCAGGCGCUGCGGUUUCCCUUCAACAUGCAGCAGCAGCACCUGCUCUGCAGAGCAUCCAGCGGGAGGCGCCCGUUUCUUCGGAUAUUCAUGGGUGCAGCCAGCAUUUGUUUGAUUUCAUAUCGUUGGCUGCUCGUUUGGUGCUGCCACAGCACAUAGUGCCUGCUGCUGUUGUUGCUGCCCUGGGCGAAUACCUUACGGGGGGGCCACUCCAAGUGGUGGAUGCCCUUGGGGACCACCAAGGCCUUGCUGCGGUGUAUGGCGGGCUGGCUGCCUUUCGAGGCGUCGCUGCCGCGGUUCUUAAGUCGCGCGAGCUGUUUGCAGGUCUCUCUACUGUCUGUACUGGUCCAGAAGAGUGUGCAGGAGACGGGUACGAGAGGAUACAGCACCAUCCAGAGCAGCACCUUGACAUCAUGCAGCAGUUUGAAAUCUGGAAGCAGCAGCUGCUGCUGCAGCUCCAGAUAAGCAAGGCAGAGCUGCUGCGGUUGCUGAGAAUAUCCCUGACGGGAAAGGACACAGGCCUCCCCUUGUUGCAGCAGCUGCAACUAUUGAAGAGGGCGGAGCUCGCGGGCCUCCCGCCGCUGCCUGCGGCGGCUUCAUGUAGCAGUGAAGGAGACAGACAAGGAGACAAGAUGAGAGACAGACAAGAAGACAACAGCAGCAGGACAGGAAGUGACACGCAGAGAAACAGUACCCCCCAGAGCAACUCGUGCGGCCAUAGACACCGGGGGGUGCUGUGGAUAUCCAGGCAGAAAGUGAAGACACUGCAGCAACGCCUGGACGAACUGCAGCACGUGCUAAAGGAGCUCUCUGUGCACGCCAAGCCAACCAUAAACGCAAACGCCUAG